AUGGCACUUGCGGUCCAAGAGGGCUAUGAAAUACCAUAUAAAACAGCAAUGGGACGCUGUAUUAAUGCUCAAAGUGAUAGUGAAUCGGAUUAUGUAAAAGCUGUUUAUGGAAUUGGAGAAAUAAUACAAAAUCGACAGUCAAAACUGUGGUUGCAGUGGAAUUCAAUUUUUAUGCUAACUAAAAACUAUCACGUUCAUAAAAAUUAUAUUAAAAUUCUUCAUAAGUUCUCGAAUAUGGUCAUUGAAGAGCGUAAAAAAGAAAUUAUGAAUGAUAACAAUAAAAUUGACAAUAAUAAUAAUGAUGAUGACAUUAACUUUGGCAAGAAAAAGCGUUUAGCUUUUCUUGAUUUAUUAAUUGAAGCAUCAAAAGAAGGAACUGUUUUAACAAAUGAAGAUAUUCGAGAAGAAGUAGAUACAUUCAUGUUUGAAGGUCAUGAUACUACUUCCGCUGCUAUAUCAUGGACAUUAUUUUUGCUUGGAAGUCAUCCCGAAAUACAAAACCGAGUUGUUGAAGAAUUAGAUCAAAUAUUUGGAAAUGAUAGAGAAUGUCCUGCUACAAUGAAAAAUCUUUUGGACAUGAAAUAUUUAGAGUGUUGCAUUAAGGACGCACUACGACUUUAUCCUAGUGUUCCAAUGAUGGCAAGAUCGGUUACUGAAGAUGUAAUUAUAGGAAACUACACGGUACCUGCUGGAACUACUGCCCUUAUCAUGACUUACAUGUUGCACAGAAAUUCAGCAAUCUUUCCCAAGCCUGAACAAUUCAAUCCAGACAAUUUUUUGCCAGAAAACUGCAAUGGCAGGCAUCCAUAUUCAUAUAUUCCAUUUAGUGCGGGACCAAGGAAUUGUAUUGGACAGAAAUUUGCAAUUUUGGAAGAAAAGGCUGUUCUUUCAAAAAUAUUACGGACUUAUAAAAUCGAAGCUGUUGAUCGCCGAGAAGACUUAACACUUUUGGGCGAGCUUAUAUUAAGGCCGAAAGAUGGCCUUAAAGUUAGAAUAACUAAGAGGAUAUAAAACUGAAAUAUAUAUUUUUUAACUUUUAAA